UGACGUGCUCUCUGCUCUCAGGUCUCAGAAGACAAGCCGCUGUGGCCAUCAGCCAGGAGCUGAGCAGACUCACCUGCCGCGGGACGGGACCCAGCGCCUGGAUUAACCAGGUUCGCAGAAGAAGCUCCUUGCUCAGCUCGAGGCUGGAGGAGAAACCCUUCAGUGAGAUGGAAAUGUCUUACAUCAAGCAAGGAGAGGAAGCCCUCCAGAAAUCACUCAGCAUCCUCGGGGACCAGGACGGCUGGAAGACAGAGACAGUGGUGGGUAACGGAGAUAAAGUGCUGAGCAAGGUGCUCCCGGAUGUGGGCAAGGUGUUCCGACUUGAGGUGGUGGUGGACCAGCCCCUGGACGCGGUGUACGGUGAGCUGGUGGACAACAUGGAGCAGAUGGGAGACUGGAACCCCAAUGUCAAAGAAGUCAAGAUUCUGCAGAAGAUUGGAAAGGACACGGUGAUCACCCACGAGAAGGCGGCCGCUACCCCCGGUAACAUCGUGGGACCGCGGGACUUUGUCAGCGUCCGGUGCGCCAAGAGACGCGGCUCCACCUGCGUCCUGGCCGGCAUGUCCACGACAUACGGAGCCAUGCCGGAGCAGGAAGGGUUUGUGAGAGCUGAGAAUGGUCCCACCUGCAUGAUCCUGCGCCCGCUGGCCGGGAGCCCUGCGCAGACCAAGCUGACGUGGCUCCUCAGCAUUGACCUGAAGGGCUGGCUACCGAAGACCAUCAUCAACCAGGUCCUGUCCCAGACACAGGUCGACUUUGCCAACCACCUUCGGGAGCGCCUGGCCCGGACGGUGGCCGUGAGCUGCUGA